GACGCAUAUGGUUGUUUAUUUAAAUUUUCUGCUGCUGUGAAUUAAGAGCAAUGUCGGCGUUUGAACUAAAAAAUUUGAAUGAAUGCUUGGAAAAGCAUUUGCCUGCUGACGAACUAAGGGAGGUGAAGCGAAUUUUGUACGGUGUGGAAGAAGACCAAACGCUGGAGCUGCCCGCAAGUGCAAAAGACAUCGCCCAAGAAAAUGGAUUCGACAUCAAGGGCUAUCGCUUUACUGCCCGAGAAGAGCAAACUCGGAAACGACGAAUUGUUAGGGUUGGCGCCAUUCAAAACUCGAUCGCUAUUCCCACUACGGCGCCCAUUGAAAAACAGCGGGAGGCCAUUUGGAACAAGGUUAAGACCAUGAUCAAGGCGGCGGCGGAGGCUGGAUGCAAUAUUAUUUGCACCCAAGAAGCGUGGACCAUGCCAUUUGCUUUCUGCACUCGUGAGAAGUUUCCCUGGUGCGAGUUCGCCGAGGAGGCCGAAAACGGUCCUACGACCAAGAUGCUAGCUGAGCUGGCCAAGGCCUAUAACAUGGUGAUCAUUAGCUCGAUCCUGGAGCGCGACAUAGAUCACGGCGAGACCAUUUGGAACACGGCCGUGGUCAUCUCGAACAGCGGUCGUUACCUGGGCAAACACCGCAAGAACCACAUUCCGCGGGUGGGCGACUUCAAUGAAUCCACGUACUAUAUGGAGGGCGACACCGGGCACCCGGUCUUCGAGACGGAGUUCGGCAGGCUGGCCAUUAAUAUCUGCUAUGGGCGUCAUCACCCGCAGAACUGGAUGAUGUUUGGGCUGAAUGGUGCAGAGAUCGUCUUCAAUCCCUCGGCCACGAUCGGUCGGUUAUCGGAGCCACUCUGGAGCAUUGAGGCCCGCAAUGCGGCCAUCGCCAAUAGCUACUUCACAGUUCCGAUCAAUCGCGUGGGAACGGAGGAGUUCCCACACGAGUACACAUCUGGGGAUGGUAAAAAGGCCCACAAGGAGUUCGGGCCCUUCUACGGAUCCUCGUAUGUCGCUGCUCCUGAUGGUUCAAGGACCCCGAGCUUGUCGCGGGACAGAGAUGGUUUACUGGUUGCUGAACUGGAUCUAAAUCUGUGUCGCCAGGUAAAGGACUUUUGGGGCUUCCGUAUGACCCAAAGGCUUCCACUCUAUGCUGAGUCUUUUCAAAAAGCAUCGGAACAGGAUUUCAAGCCGCAGAUCAUCAAGGAAACAUGAACUUAAGACUAUAAUAUCUGUAAAGAAAUAGCAUUUUUAUUGAUAUAAUUAAUAAAGUUGAGCACUUUUUAAAUAA